AAUCCCUCCCUCCACACACACACACAUACACAUAUGCAUUCAGUCUGUCGCUCUCACAGAUACCAUUAGCACGGCUCUAGUGGAUAUAGAAAGCUAGGGAUAAAAAGAGAGAGGAAGCAAAAAGGUGGAAUUAGGAACAAAAACCAAACUAUUCCUCAGACUACAGCAUGCAGCAGCAGUGGGUGUGUGUGGCUUUAUUAGCCCUCCUGACUGUCACAGCGACACUUGCAGAUGGUGGGAAAACAGAAAAACAAGGUAAGAAAGAGCGUAAAUCGGACUGUGGAGAGUGGCAGUGGAGUGUGUGUGUGGCCAAUGAGGGCGACUGCGGAUUGGGAACCAGAGAGGGCACACGCUCCGGCAAUGACUGCAAACAGACCAUCAAAACCCAGCGCUGCAAAAUCCCAUGCAACUGGAAGAAGCAGUUUGGAGGUGAGUGUAAGUAUGAUUUCCAGGCAUGGGGAGAGUGUGAUUCGACCACAGGAAUGAAGACUCGCACUGGAGUGCUAAAGCGAGCGCUGAUGGAUGCUAACUGUCCAAACACAGUCAGCGCCACCAAACCCUGUGGCAAACCCAAGACCAAGAUGCAAGACUCUCAGAAACCAAAACGGGACGGAAAGAAGAAGGAGCGAAACCCUACAGACUAGAGGAGGAAAACUCCUGAAGCGUCUCCUUCUGCCUCCUGAAGACGCUUCCUAUUCCUCAUGCUAUAUUUUUAGAUCUUUUGUAGCGUUCACUUACAGCUCACCCAGUACUAAAUAAGAGAGAAAGAGAAACAAAAUGAGUCCACUAAAAUCUUCAACACAAAAAUCUGAGAUGACAGAAAGCACAACUGAAAGAGUGUUUUAUUGCAUUGAUGAGUGUGUGUUUAAUUGGCCUCAUCAAAUAGUGUCUUCGACUAGAGUGUGAAGCAGAACUUACUGAGUUUUACAUUAGUAGGGAAUUAUUACUGUUUUAAUGCAGCAUUUGGUCAUUGAUUUAUGCAGCACUGAUUAUUAACAUCAUCUGAUGCUUCUCAAACAUCCCUGCAUAUUUAACAGUGAAAUAAAACAAGUGUACUAUUGAAGACACAGUUCUUUUUCAAAUAUUUCACAAGUGCUGAUUAACAGAGCAAGGGCACUUUUCCAACUUGGGCUCAUUCUGAAAAUGUACCCCUGUAUACAUUUCUGGAGAUCACGAAAUACGUCCCAGGAGCUACGUUUUUUGCACACUUUUUUUAGAUCUCAAAUUUCUCUCGCAAGUGUCGUUUGCGCCUGCUGUUCUCGUGUAAAUCCACCAGAGGCUGCUGUUGACUGACUGACUGACUUCCCUUAACCCAAUCGACAGUGUUUCCAAAAGCAGUCCAGAAAAAGUAAAUCCUUCGUCUGAUUUUUAUCACGUUUUCAGAUUUUACCACAUUUUCACCCUGUUAUUUAUUUGUUUAUUUUAUUUUUUAGCUUUUAUUUUUGUCUUACCUGCUUUCUGGAAUUGUUCUUCGCCAGACUUGAACCCUGUCAUCAUGGUCAACUCCUUUCUGUGUCUCAAGUCCACCAAUGUACAUGGAGAGUCACUGGACAAACUGGUAACAGCUGAAAAGCCAUCCCCACAGAGGUAAGCGGCCAGCUGAUAAGCGUGAAAAGGAACAACAUCACACUGCCCCGUAGCGUUCGUUUUAAAUAUGAAAUGCAAGCUUACGUACUUCUGGCUACGUAAUUUGCAAUCUCCAUAAAUGUAAACAGCGGUACAUUUAUAGAAUAAACCUGUUGCAUUUUUUUUUUCAGUGUUCAUUUUUCUUUGGCUUAGCCUCUAUUUUAGUCACCACAGUAGAAUGAACUGCCAACUAUUCUAGUAUAUGUUUUACACAGCGGAUGUCCUUCCAGCUGCAACCCAUUACUGAGAAACACCCAAACACUUUCAUUCACUCAUACACUCAUACACUACGGCCAAUUUAGUUAAUUAAUUCUCUAAUAGCGCAUGUGUUUGAACUAUGAGGGAAUUCGGAGCACGAGAACAUGCAAACUCCACACAGAAACGCUAACUGACCCAGCUGGGACUCAAACCAGUGACCUUCUUGCUGUGAGGCAACAGUGCUAACCACUGAGCCACCUUUCACAUUAUUUCCUAUCAUAUUUUUCUUUUGGAGAAAGUCUUUAUUUCUUUUAGUUUUGCUAGAUUAAAACUAUUUUGAUUUCAUUUUUAAAUAAAAGGUCGAUAUUAUUCGCCCCCUCACGUAAAAUUUAAGUUGUUUUUUUUUUAAGAUUUAUUUUUGGGAUUUUUAUGACAGUUAAAAAACAAAAGUAAAAAAAGACAACAACAGUACAAAUAGAAAAAAGUAUAUAACAGUACAAAAUUGAUAAAAAUAUAUAUAAAAUAAACCACACUAUAAUCCUCAUAUUGUGCGACGCACAGUAUAGGAUGUGCACAAACAAUAUAUCGUGUGCAUUAAUUUUUAAAAUUGAGCAUAUAAACAGGUCGGUACCGGAAGUUGGGGUUGACAGCCUGGUGCAUUAAGUCAAAUAAACAAUGAUAAUAAAA